AUUACUGAAUUUGCGGAGAAAGCGGCUCAAGCGCACGCUGAAAUACAAGCGCAAGCCUCGACGAAGAGUGGGGCACAAACAUCUUCAGAAGAGGUACAAAGUUCGGAAGCCGCCCCAUCAUCAACUGCUCCAUCCGCAGCCCCUGCCAAGGAGGCUGAUCCUUGGGACCUGUUGGACCCUGUUGACGUCAUAGCCAAGCUUCCAGCCGAUUUUAGCACUAAUAUCGAGAGUAAGAAGUGGACGGAGAGAAGGGAUGCGCUACAGGCAUUCUUGGAUCUUCUCACUGCUAAUCCCAGAUUGGAUCCUAAAGCUUCCUACGGGGAGCACAUUUCGCUAUUAAAACGGAUAAUCGAAAAAGAUGCCAAUAUCAAUGUUGCUGCUCUUGCCGCCAAGUGUAUGAAAUGCGUUGCUGAUGGUCUUCGCAAAAAGUUUGCUCCACAUGCUCCAGCAGUCGUACCAGUGAUCUUCGAUAAAUUCAAGGAAAAAAAGCCCUUGCUCAGGGAUCCGCUGGUGGAGUGUAUCGAUGCAAUUGCUGCUACGCUUGGUUAUAAACCGAAAGCGUUUUCACGUAGGUGUGCAUUACCAUGCUCUUUCGCUGCAGGCUUUGUGUUUGCGCCAUUCAUGGAUAUUUACAGAAUCUUCAAGGUGCAUAACAGUCAGACCAUGCCCAAGAAGACAUUGAAGGCCAUUGCACCGUUGUUGAUAAAGAAACUUGUCAUUCGUUCCAUGACCUGA